UCCGCCGAAGAGACUGGUGUAGGGUGACGAUUCGAGUAGAGUGACCGGCUUUGAACUGUUAUUGUUUAUAAAAACAUAGCUGAAACAUGGACUUUUCUCAAUGUUUUUAUUCAAGUGAAUGGCUACAGCCUGAAGAAUUGUAAUACGCCAACUCGCCAAUCCGACCCCAACCGACCUGCUACGAGGGAAAAUCGCUCGCGCCGCCCUUAUCAGGUCCCCCCCAUUCGUGACGGCGGCGUCAGGUUAGACAGCAUCGCGACGCCGCGACGUCGAGGUCGUAUAUGCUUCCCCGUAUUGCCCCAUCACCGAAAAUCAUAACCUGAUGAUGAGUGCUCCCCAAAGACCAUCGCAGUGCUUUGUGUAGUGGAAAACAUGUCGAGAAGAAAACAAGCGCGACCCAUUCGAGUGUACGAAGAUGAAGAAAUUAACGCGGCCACUGGUGAAGCUGUAGCUGACACGGCUGCUGCCGUCGCUUCUCCCAACUUUCCCACCGCUUCCGCAAACGACGGACUCGAUGGCACCGUGGACGAAGAAGUGCCGGAGAUCCUCAUGUGUCCCCGAUGCCAGGAGCAAUUCACUGAAGUGGCCGAGUUUUUAGCCCACAAAAGUGAGUGCGACAAGAAGGCCAUCAAGCAUGACGAUCCUGCUCACUCCGAUCCCGAGGACAUGGUGGUAUCGGAGGACGACGAAGAGGAGGAGGAGGCCGGCGGGAAGCGAAUGGAGCGGAUGCGGCGUCAUCGGCAGGACGCAGCGAACAACAACAGCGUGGACGAAGCUUCACCAGAGGACAACCCGAUGGACUUUCCUUUCCCUGUGACUCCAGCCGCCCAAGGGCACGUCACUUUGGAAGCCUUGCAGAACACCAAGGUGGCCGUGGCGCAAUUCGCUGCCACGGCUCUUGCCAAUAACGUGGACAACGAAGUCGCUCUGCAAGAACUAGCCGUUCUCCAGUCAACGCUGUUCACACUGCAGCAUCAGCAGGUGUUUCAGCUGCAGCUGAUCAAUCAACUGCAGCAUCAGCUGCAAAUUGACCGAACCAAAGAAGACGAGCAGAGCGGGUCGCCGGGGCCAUCAGAACACGAGCGAGAAAGCUCCCCAAUCGAUGAGAACUCCCCAACCCCGAAGCCGGAACCCUCCCCGCCAGCAGUAGCUAGAUUGACUCCAGCCACGCCACCUCAUGUUCCCACACCACCACCACCCCCACUACCACUCACCCGGCCGGAGGUUACUCAUCCCUCAAAUCUACCUCUGCAAAUGCAAGCCCCCAUGUGUUCCAUCUCAGCGUCGCUGGCUUCGACGAUCAUCACCCAUGGGAACGAUCCGCCCACAGCUGAAGAGCCGAACACUCUGAACCUGUUGCAGAAGCGUGCACAGGAGGUUCUGGACAAUGCCAGUCAAGGUUUGCUGGCCACCAACUUGGCAGACGAACUGGCGUUUAGGAAGAGCAAAGGCUCGAUGUCUCCAUAUGACUCCAAAGGCCGAAACGAGCCCUUUUUCAAGCAUCGGUGCCGAUAUUGUGGCAAAGUGUUUGGCUCCGAUUCGGCUUUGCAGAUUCAUAUCCGAUCGCAUACGGGAGAGCGGCCGUACAAGUGCAACGUAUGUGGCAGUCGCUUCACGACCAAAGGCAAUCUGAAGGUGCAUUUCCAAAGGCACAGCUCGAAGUUCCCUCAUAUCAAAAUGAAUCCCAAUCCAGUACCGGAACAUUUGGAUAAGUAUCAUCCGCCGCUGUUGGCACAGCUGGGGCAGCAGCCCUCCUUAUCGCCUGGUGGCCCUGGUCAUCCUCCGCACUUGGGGUUUCCCAGUGCAGCCCCCUUCCCUCCAACGUGCCUGCCGCACUACAGGCCCACAAAUCCGCCAUCGGCGGACCUGCUAAAUAGCAGAAUCCCGCCAUGUCGAACUCCUCCGCAUCGGCUACUCUUCCCGCAACCAUUUGCGGUUAAACGGGAGGACCAAGAAGCGCCUGCUGACUUGCGCAAGCCCCCCUCCCCCAGAGGAAGAGACCGAUCGUGCUCUCCAAAGGACAGCCCCAAGAGCAGAACCGAGACGGGAACCAUCGAAGCGAAGCAGCAACCUCAAGAGUCGCCAAACGCCCAGCGAAUGACCCCAAAGCAAGAGCCCAACGACAAUGAGAAUGAGCAAGAAGCUGAGCAAGCCAGGUACGGCUCCCCAAAUGGCUUCGAGCUAUGCAGCAAUGAGAGCCGAUUCAGCAACGAGGACGCCAUGGAGCGAAGAAGCCCGGAUGAUCGUUCCGAAAUGCAGGACGAGCCGGAGAACUUGUCGAGCAAAGCGAAUCUGAUAUCGGCCGCUUUGAGCAUUGCGGCCGGACAGAGGUUGCCUGCAAAUUUUCCUUUCUACCCUCAAAACUCGCCUGCCAGUAGUACCUCGUCAGGGAGCCUGGGCCAGUAUCCGACUAGUGCUAUUGGUGAUAUCACCAAAGAUCCGGCCCUUUACACAAACCUGCUGCCCAGGCCUGGAAGCAACGAUAAUUCUUGGGAGAGCCUGAUAGAAGUUUCGAAAACUUCAGAAACGAUCAAGCUUCAACGGAUGGUGGACAACAUCGAACAUAUCCUAGCUGAUCCAAAUCAAUGUGUGGUUUGCCAAAGGGUUCUAUCUUGCAAAAGUGCCCUGCAAAUGCAUUAUAGGACCCACACGGGGGAAAGGCCGUUCAAGUGCAAAAUUUGCGGGCGGGCCUUCACCACAAAAGGCAACUUGAAGACUCACAUGGGGGUGCACCGAGCAAAGCCCCCCAUGCGCCUCCUCCAUCAAUGCCCGGUUUGCCAUAAGAAGUACAAUAACGCUUCAGUGCUGCAGCAACAUAUCCGCCUACAUACAGGCGAGCCCACUGAUCUCACACCGGAGCAAAUCCAAGCGGCCGAAGUAAGAGAUUAUCCGUCAUCGGGAGGAUUUUCCAGUCUGGCAAAUUCCAUGAAUCCGUUCCUAAGGCAGGGGUUCUCGGUGCCCGGAUUAUCGCCCAUAUCCACAUCCGGGCUGCACUUUCAACUGAACGAACGGUCGGAGCAGGAAAGUAUGGACGACGACGAUGAAGAGGACGACAAUAUGAGCACCAAUACGGAUAAUCAAGCCACCAAUCAGUUUGCCUCUUCGCCCACUGAAAGCAACAAUCAUAUCAAUCCUAGCGUAUCGAUAGCAUCGUUUAGCAAUAGCGAGCUGAAUGGUUCCAGUGAGGACCUGAGCUGCAACAGGGCGAUUUCUCCCCCCGGUUUGCAGAACGGCGAAAAGUCGCCUAACCGAUCGGUUACCAGUCGAGAGAGUGCAGAAAUGCAAUCGCCCCACCAGAGAAUGACCAGCACUCCCGUCCAAGUCCCCAGACCUCCGUCGUCGCAGCGUGCUGGAAGCCCCACAACUUCCGACUGUAAUUCAAUGGGAGCCCUGGAUUUAACGCCCCGACCAAAUCAAAAUCAGCCCAUAAUCACCAGUCCUGGACCCAGUCCAGGACCUCCACCUUCACUAUUCUCGGCCUUUGGAUUUCUACCCCAAGUCUCUCAAUCUUCGUACAUCUCGCCUGGAUCUUUGCGAUUAUCUGGGGCUGCUGCUGCCAGCCUGGGGCGCGGCAACACCACCUGCAAUCUGUGCUUCAAAACAUUCGCUUGCCAUUCAGCUCUUGAGAUACAUUAUCGAAGUCACACGAAAGAGCGACCAUUCAAAUGUUCAGUCUGCGAUCGAGGUUUCUCUACAAAGGAUGGUUGUGACUGCAACAAGCAGAGGCGUAUCCAGGAGGACGCAAAGCCUUGGAAGGCUCGAUCCAGAAAACCUCCGUCCCGCAACAUCCCCUCGGUAUUCCCUUUACCGAUGAGCCCCGGAUACGCCUCAACUUGGAUGCAGAUGGCGGGCAACAUGAAGCAACACAUGUUGACGCACAAAAUUCGCGACAUGCCACCUCAAAUGUUCGAAAAUAAGACGCCGUCUUUGAGUGGAGACGACUCGACGCCUUUACCACCCAGUUUACCAUCGAUAGAACAGAAGCCGCCCAGCGACGAGCCGCCAGGCCUAUCGACGCAACCCUUGCAACCCCCUGUUCCACCCAUUGCUCAAUCGCACUUGGCGCAAUUACAAUCCUUACACGAUCAGAAGGUGGAAUCAGCGCAGAUCAAGAGGGAACCUACUGAGACGGAGCUUCCACUGCCCAAACGCUCCACGCUAAGUCCACAUGGGUACGCAUAUGUGGAACAACGGGGCGUCGCGACGAGGGCGACGCAUGUCGCUCGACCUGCCGCCCAUCCCCAUGACGCCCAAGGAUACCGAAUUUCUGCAGCGGAGACCCGACAUCUUCUACCCGUACCUCCCGGGUCCAUUCCUUAACGGCAUGCAACAACAGGUACGUUUUUUUUUUAGUUCUACGCGAU